CAUUUUAAAUCAGGAGUGUAUUGGAAUAUUGGAUGGAAUUAUAAUUAUUACUUUUUGAGCUUAUGAUGAAGAAUAGGAACAGUCGUAAUGAAGAGGAAAGUAAUUCUACCAUCUCUGCGAGAUCUUUUCAGGAGAGGAAACUUUGCUACAGGAAUUUACUGUGCAAAGUGGAAGAAAUUGAAGAUAAAAAAGAUCUUGGACUUCAAACAGUAACGGAAGUGGGAAAUAUUUUAAAAGAAAUCAAUGAACUCGAAAGGGAAUACUCGAUAGAACAGAGAGUUGAACAAACAGAUGAAACAUUUUUGGACUGUAUGGUUUUGUCUUCUUCUAGUGGUAUUUUAGUGAAAUGUUUAAAUGCUGUUGAUAUAUCAACUGCUUCUUAUGAACCAACCGAAUUUAGUGAAAAACUUUGGGAAUUAAUUAAAGAAGAUGACCAAGAUUGCAGACCAAGUGACAUUUUAAAACUCUUAAAAGAUGCUAGAAAUAUAAUCCCCGAGGUAGAACCAUAUGAAUUUGUUUAUGGUAGUUAUGAUUUAGAUCAUGUACCGGAACCUAAACAGAAAAAAGUUAUUAAAAGAGAUCCAAAAGAAAAACUUACUAAGAAAGAACCAGAAAAAGUUACAUCAGUUGAUAAAGAAGAGGAAGGAAUAGAUCAAAUUGUUAAAGAAUUGCAUGAAGUUCUAGUGGAGGAAUACAAUAAAAAUGGGGAAAGACCGAUAAAUUAUUAUGAUUAUGUGAUUGAUACCAGUGAUUUUACAAAUACUGUUGAAAAUAUGUUUUAUUGUUCUUUCUUAGUUAGAGAUGGAAAAGUAAGAAUUGACCUCAAUGGUCUCAAUCCAACAAUAAAACCUGUAUCUAAAAAUGAAUUGAAACAAUUCAGAGACGAGAGAGGUGCGAAUUAUCAAAUAUUAACUACCAUCACAAUGGAAGAUUGGGAAAACUUCAAGAAGGAAGGACACCUUCAAAAGCAUAGGAAGCUCAGGAAAAAAGAAGAAAAAUAAAAUAUAUUUGUACAAUUAUAAUGUUAAGAAGAGUUUUGUUUUAAUUAAAAGUUUGACUGUUUA